CAGGGACUGUGAAAUAAAAAGAAAAAAAAAGUGACACAAGCUGUCAGUCGAAGGAAGACAAGCAAGACGCAGCCACAGCCAUGCCCGAGCCCACAGAAGAGGUGAAGCCAGAGGAAGCUCCAGAGGAGGAUGAACGCACUGAGCUGACAGGACUUUUUGUGGAGAAGCCAGAAAGUGUGGUAGCCAUUUCAGGUAAAGAUGUAACAUUUGUGGUUAAGGUGGACUCCACCAACCUCACACGUAAACCCACCAUGAAGUGGUUGAAGGGGAAGUGGAUGGACCUCGGCAGCAAAGCGGGAAAACACAUCCAGUUAAAAGAGACCUAUGACAGAAACACGAAGAUCUACACUUACGAGAUGAAGAUCGUCAAGGUGGUCCCAGGAGACGCAGGUGGAUACAGGUGUGAAGUGUCUGCUAAAGACAAAUGUGACAGCUGCACCUUUGAGGUCACUGUGGAGGCUGCUGAACAAGAGGAGCAAGCAGAUAUUUUGUCUUCCUUCAAAAGAGCAGAUGCUGGGGAGGACGAGGGUGAACUGGACUUCAGUGCUCUUCUCAAAGCCGCUAAAAAGAAAAAGAAGCCUGAGCCUGAGCUGGAGAUCGACGUUUGGGAGCUUCUGAAGAGUGCUCAUCCCAGCGAGUACGAGAAGAUCGCGUUUCAGUACGGCAUCACUGACCUGCGUGGCAUGUUGAAGCGACUCAAGAAGAUGAAGGUCGUGGAGCCCAAAGUCAGCGAGGCGUUCCUGAGACGACUGGAGUCGGCGUACUCCGUUAACAAGGGAAAGAAGAUCGUCCUGUCUGUGGAGGUGGCCGACCCUAAUGCUGAGGUCAAAUGGCUCAAGAACGGCCAAGAGAUCAAAACCUCUGCCAAAUACAUCAUAGAGUCUGAUGGAAAUAUUCGAACCCUCACGAUUAACAAAUGCAGUCUGGCAGAUGAUGCGGCUUAUGAGUGUGUGAUCGGGACUGAUAAAUGCUUCACGGAAGUCUUUGUUAAAGAACCUCCGAUCACCAUCACUAAACUGCUGGAUGAUUACCAGGUCGUGGUUGGAGAAAGAGUGGAGUUUGAGAUCGAAGUGUCUGAGGAGGGAGCACAUGUCAUUUGGAUGUUUGAGGAUCAAGAGUUGUCUCGAGACGACAAAAGUUCAAAGUAUCGUUUUAAAAAGGACGGGAAACGCCACUGUCUUAUUAUUCAAGAGGCGACCGUAGAGGACAGUGGGAUGUACUUUGUUUACACCAACGGAGGCCAUUCGAAGGGAGAGCUCAUCGUUGAAGAGAAGGAACUGGAGGUGCUGCAGAGUAUCGCAGAUCUUACGGUCAAAUCGGCAGAGCAGGCUAUGUUCAAGUGUGAGGUGUCUGAUGAAAAAGUCACUGGGAAAUGGUUUAAGGAUGGCGUGGAAGUUCAGGCCAGUAACCGUAUCAAGAUUUCCCAUAUCGGCAGGAUUCAUCGUUUAACCAUUGAUGACGUCAAGCCAGAGGAUGCUGGAGAUUACACGUUUGUCCCAGACGGUUAUGCGCUCUCACUGUCCGCUAAACUCAACUUUCUGGAAAUCAAGAUCGACUAUGUUCCCAGACAAGAUCCUCCUAAGAUCCAUUUGGAUGUGGCCGGUAACAUGGUUUCUCAGAACACCAUCAUUGUUGUUGCUGGUAACAAGCUGCGUCUGGAUGUGGAGAUCACAGGAGAACCCGCUCCCACCGUCUGCUGGAUGAAGGGAGACAAGAAGAAGUCACUGAAUCAUAACAAGAAUCUGUUUGGCUUCUGUUUCUUAGGCUAUCUGAUGGAGAGGAAGAAGAAAGGAUCAUCUAGAUGGACGAAACUUAACUUUGACGUCUGUGAGAGCACAACAUACGAGGCCAAGCGCAUGAUUGAAGGCAUUCUGUAUGAGAUGAGAGUUUUCGCAGUCAAUGGAAUCGGAAUCUCGGCUCCAAGCCUCAACUCUAAACCAUUCAUGCCAAUCGCACCCACCAGCGAGCCCACAAAGCUGACCGUUGAUGAUGUAAUGGACACUACGUGCUCACUGAAGUGGCUGGCUCCUGAGAAGAUCGGAGCUGGAGGGCUGGAUGGAUACAUCAUUGAAUUCUGCAAGGAAGGAGAAACGGAGUGGCAUCCUGCUAACACGGAUCUGGUUGAUCGGCAGAGUUACACAGUGAGGAACCUUCCCACAGGAGAGAAGAUGAAUUUCCGUGUGUUUGCGGUGAAUGUGGCGGGCCGCAGCCCUCCUGCACUGCUCGGGCAACCCGUCACCGUCAGAGAGAUUAUGGAGCAUCCUAAGAUCCGUCUGCCUCGUGAACUCAGAACCAAGUUCAUCAAGAGAGUCGGAGAGAAAAUCAACCUCGUCAUCCCCUUCCAGGGCAAGCCUCGUCCUAUUGCUGUUUGGCAGAAGGACGGCCAGCCGGUGGAUGAAAAGAAAGUGGGCGUCAGGAACUCAAACGUCGACUCCAUCCUUUUCAUUCGUUCUGCUGAGAGAGAGCACUCUGGAAAAUACACACUUACCUUAAAAAUUGAAAACAUGGAGGACUCGGCUAACAUAGACAUCCGAAUUGUAGAUAAACCCGGCCCUCCGACUCAAGUGCAUGUGACUGACGUCUGGGGUUUCAACGCAGCGCUGGAGUGGAAUCCACCCAAAGAUGACGGCAACUGUGAGAUCACCGGGUACACGAUCCAGAAAGCAGACAAGAAAACCAAGGAGUGGUUUACGGUGUAUGAGCACAAUCGCCGCACUAACUGCACCGCCUCUGACCUGGUCAUCGGAAACGAGUACAUGUUCCGCAUCUACAGCGAGAACCUCUGCGGUCUCAGUGAAGAUCCCUGUAUGAGCAAGAACACCGCCGUCGUUCCCAAGACCGGUUUGGAACAUAAACGAGCUCCCUACAAAGAGAAGGACAUGAGCUGUGCUCCGAAGUUCACCGCGCCCCUCGUCGAUCGAUCUGUGACUAUCGGCUACAGCACCGCCAUCAGCUGCUCAGUCAGAGGCUUGCCAAAGCCGAAGAUCAUCUGGAUGAAGAACAAGAUGAUAUUAGGUGACAAUCCAAAGUUCCUGAUGCAGAAUAAUCAGGGAGUUUUGACUCUAAACAUCCGCAAACCCAGCACCUUUGACAGCGGGAAGUACACUUGCAAGGCUGUGAAUGAGCUCGGAGAAGAUGAGGUGGAGUGCAAAUUGGAAAUCAGAGCCGCACCGAUAGAGAAGAAGGACUAGGACAGAUGACGGCAGCGUUAACAGCAGAGAUGAAACGGAUGGGAAAUGACAUCGACUGAGUAUGAUCCACCAUAAACUUAUGUUUUAAAGUCAUUUGUGUUAGCCAGGCUCUCCGUGUGAAUGAAAUAACCGACGCCGGCUCACUCUCGCUCUGGUUUUGUAGAUUUUGAAGGCUUUGAAUAAACGCUCGGUUGACUGCAUUAAGCCCCAGUGAGAAGUAUUUUUAUCAAAACUAUAGCAACCGGUGACUUUGUGCUAUGGACAAUUAUGCAUGUUCAAAAACAAUGGCUUUAAUAGGGACUGAACACAGAUCCUUCCUUUCAACAUGUAGUCGACAUAUUUCCUCUUCAUAAAUGAUUUAAGGUUCAAACAGGUGAUUGAUUGCUUAUAUAAGUACAAUACAUUAUAAAAAUUUAUAUAAACUGGUUACAUACCAUAAUGCUGUCUGAAAUGAUCGAAUUGCCUAAUGCUUUCAUUUUGCUCGAAUAUUUGCAGCCCAAACUGCAUUGUAUGUGUAACUUGUAUCUGCAUUUGUUGUGUUGCAGAGCGGAAAAUAAACUACUUUUAUGACAA